UAAUAUCUGUCUUUCCAAAAUGACGUACGAUUUGUUGGGUGGAAAGAAAGGAACUUUGAUCGACUAUAAAUGAUCGAUUGUUUUGCGUCUUUAAGUUGACGGUGAAAUGCUACUAUAGAAAUGAACCUGAAGAAUAUAUUCAGAGACUUCAAUCCAAGUAAAUUUCUGGUAUUUACCAGCCUGUUGGUGUUUUCCCUCCUGUUUGCACUGCGCCUAGACAACACCAUUCAGUGGAGUUAUUGGGUGAUUUUCCUGCCCAUCUGGAUAUGGAAGUUGAUGGUUGUCCUGGGUGCAGUGACAGGCAGCUACAUCUGGUGGAAACACCCCCACUACAGAGUGGAAGGAAAUAACUAUGUACAGUAUAAGGCCAUGGUGAUCUGUACUGGCAUGCAUCUGCUACUGCUGAUGUUUGAGAUCUUAGCCUGUGAUAACUUGGAGUCGCCACACAACCGACACCCAUGGAUCCUCGUCUUCAUCCCUCUCAUGUGUAUGUCUGUCAUCUCCAUCGGGAUCUGUGUGUGGGCGGUGAAAAAUGACCGCUCCUUUGAGCUGGAACUUUUCUCGUCUGUUAACAUUCUACAAUUUAUAUUCUUCGCCCUCCGGUUAGACAAUACAAUUGACUGGAGUUGGGUGAUUGUUUUUAUUCCAAUCUGGAUUGUAAUGUGCACGGCUAUGAUUGGUGUAUUAUAUGCGAUCAUCCUGGCCAUCAUCCUGGUCAAGUCGCCUGACAUCAUUCCUGAACAGAGGCGAGGAAACAUCUCCUCUGCCGUAGGAUAUGCGUUUCUGGUGAUACCAUUACUUAUAUUUGAGAUAUUACUGACGAAUCGUCUGGAUGGCGACAAUCAUAUCAAGUACACCGCCAUCACAGCACCUCUGUUUAUAUCCCUCCUUACUCUCAUCUGUCUCGCGUUUGGUGCUAAGGGAGGCAACUGCUGGUGGUUUGGUAUACGAAAAGACUUUUGUCAGUUCUUACUAGGAGUGUGUCCAGUUUUACAAGAGUACGGAAAUAUAUCUUACUCGCUCCACAGUGACGAUACAGACCCAGAGGAAAAUAUUGUGGAAACGGGGAAAAUAGACAUGUGUCAAUCAAAAAAACAUCAUAUUUCAGACCAACCAAAGGCAGUUGUACCGGUUAUAUCUAUAGAGACCCCGGAUUGAUUAAAGACGAAAUAUAUGAUCAUCUUCAUUUUCAUCUCAAGUUUUCUCCCACACGUAUUAUUAUAUAAUAAUUUGUCCACACUCCCGACUCAUUGGUAGACCUGCUAAUAUUUGGUCAACAUUUUUGGCUACCUACUAUUCUGUACCACCCGUGACAUGAUUUCAUUGGUCAAUCUUUGAGUUGUGAUAUCACUUAACAACGCUUUGCACCAUGUGAUGUCAUGAUUCGUGGCAAUAUUUCCCCAAUGAAAAACAAAAAUGAUGCACUUCCAAUGGAAAUAUGUUGGGUUUUUUUCUUUUAUGGUACGAACGUUAUGGAAGGAAAAGGUAACCAAACUUGUGAUGACUGGUUAUCAUGUUGAUCUUUAUCUUAUGAUUGAUUUUCAAAUUUUACUUUCGGCAAACCUUGUGUCUUUACACAAAAGUUAAAAGUUAACUUACUUAUAUUUCGUAAACCUGUUAACCAACCCUCAGUCAUCGGGAAACCUCAAUAUAAGUUAUCAUCCUCGAAAUACAUAUAUAUAUCUUCCCUACAUCCCUGAAAUAGGUCAUAGCUCUUUUCAGGCAACACCUUGCAGAUGAUUCAAGUUGAAUCGAAUGCUCAGCAGUGAAAUGGUAAAAUCAACAGGCUUUAACGUCGACUGCAUGUAGCUUCUCAGUACUCUUCAAAGGGCAGGUAGGUAUUGGCAUAGAGAUUGGUCAGGUUUCGUACCUGAAACCAAUCAAGUGAUUACCACAAGCGUUUGAUUUCUCAUGACAUAUUCGUGGUAAACAGAGAAGAUAUGUGUUUCGUAGAGGAACCCUCGGAUUCCAGGAGUUAAGUUGUUGACGAAGUGCAAAUUACAUUAUUUUGUAUAUUGCUGACAAAUUAACAUAUUUCAAUUCUUUAUUCCUAUUUUUUUCUGAAUAAAUGUGUUCUUCCAAUACAUCUAUUCAAUGAAAGAAAAACACGCCAUAUUUUACCUAUUUGCCAAUAGGAUCCCCUAAUUUUCCCCAUGUUUGAACCUACAUGUGUCUCUGUGAUACCCAUGGAUGAUUUUACAACCCGUCAAUAAUAUGUAUUAAAUUGUGAUGUUAUAAACAUGUAUGUAUGUAAUUGGUGGGUUGUCUCUAAAUGAGAUACAGGGAGAUAAAUUGAAAUACAUCUAUGUGUGCCAAAUUUCUCUUUCCUGUCCCAAUGUAAGCACCGUGGAAUAUGAUGUAUUUCCUUAAAACAAAAAUUAACAGCUAUGUUGGGUACCACAGAUCAUUUACCCUAUCGUUUUCGUGAACACUUAUUUACCAUAUACAUACCUGCUACAUGAUUGUACUUCAAAAAAGUUUUAAAUUGUAAUUUAAAUUUCUAUCUUACAAUCCACUUAACGUGUGUGACAUCACCAUGGGAUAACAAUGAUGCGAUGUGACCACAUCGGGCACGUCCCAAUGCCGCGAUGCGGAAAUUGGUGUUUUGAAUAAGACAAGCAUUCUCUUUCAAACCAAGGAGUGCAGGCAAGCGAAAUUCCACCCUCAGGAUUUUUAAAUUGUGAAAAGUCCUCGGCACGCAUGAAGUUUUACCCUGUAUGAAAACCCCUUGGAUGGAAUUUCCCAAUCCUACACCCUUUGGCACAAAAGACUCCUAUCAUAAUUUGUGUAUUUAUAACCCCUCCCCAACAUACGAAGCUUGGGGGCCCCGUUUGCGGGAGUAUGAAAGAAUCACUGUGUCCGUCCGUCUGUCCAAUGAUCCUUGUAAGUGCAACUCUUCCUGAUGAGUACUAUAUUUCUGUGAGCGCGCUCACAGUUUAUCUAGUGUCAUUUGUUAAGAUGACUUACGAAUAAAUAUAUGAUUUGAAUUUGCAACAUAAACACGUCAAGGAUUAAAACAUGACACAUAAGCCAGUGUCUGUGAAUUUAAAUAACUGCUUAUAUCAUAAAUACAUCAAUAUCAUGAUAAUUUGUAUUCACAAAAUUACCUUUAAUGUAUCGAUCCGAUGUUUAAAAACUGUCUGAACAUAAAAUCUUAAGAUUUUGGAGUCCGUGAUCACAGAAUAUCAAAUUUGUAUCAAUAUGGCCGAAAUUUAGCGCCUACGGGCAAGGUGUAGCCUAUAAAUGUCUCGUGUGCAGUUGACAUGUACAGACCAUAUACUGACUGUGGUUGCUAUACUCCCAUCAUAGAUGGAGCUUUGAUCUCCUGCAGCCUGAUAGACUUUUAGCUUCUCAUGGAUCGUUUGAAAAUUUAUUCUUAAAUACACAUUUAUGGGUUUACAGUAGUUUUGCAAAUAUCCUAGGAACAAAUCCCGAAUUAUCCAUUGUUUCACAAUGUGAAAUGGAUGUGCACAUUUCCUUUCCAUGUUAUCAAACACUUUGUGAAUAAUGUAGGAAAUUGCUUGUAUGAUAUGACAAAUUAUGUGAUAAAUAAAAUGUAAUUAAUUUAU